CUCUUUCACACUCUCCUUCUCUUUAACAAACUUCAUCCUUUUGUACCAUGGACCUCUCGACUCGUCUCAUUUGGAUCGACUUCUUUCCGGAUGGUUCUGUGCUUCAGCCGCUGUGGGACGCUCUGAGGUUUCGUUAUAAAGACUAUUUAAGAUCGCCACUUUUCCCCGUCAUUCUCACCGUUUCUUCAUAUUUUAUUUUUUGCGUCCCGUACGUCGUGUGUGACCUCAUGGGCGACCGUUGGCCUUGGGUCCAGCGACACAAGCUUCAGCCUAAAGUCCGACCGACCUGGGCCACUAUGCUGCACUGCGUGGGCGUCACGCUGUGGAACCACCUGUUUUUGGUUUUCCCCGCCUCCGUGGCGCAGUGGGCGUGGCGACCACCUGUGGAUCUCCCUGAAACGGCGCCGGCGUUCCCCGAGUUCGUCGCCGGAGUCAUCGGGAACCUGCUCCUCUUUGACUUCCAGUACUACAUCUGGCACUUGCUCCAUCACCGAAUCCGCUGGCUGUACGUGACUUUCCACGCCAUCCAUCAUAACUACUCCUCGCCGUUCGCCCUCGCCACCCAGUGUCUCGGAGGGUGGGAGCUGCUCACCGUCGGCUUUUGGACCACCCUGAACCCGAUCAUUUUGAGAUGCCACCUCCUGACGACGUGGGUUUUCAUGGUGGUGCACGUGUACGUUUCAGUUGAAGACCACUGCGGGUACGACUUCCCCUGGUCGUUUUCUCGCAUCAUUCCGUUUGGCGUGUACGGCGGUCCGAACAUGCACGACGUCCAUCAUCAGAAACCCACCAGCAACUUCGCCCCUCACUUCGGACACUGGGACAGACUGUUUGGGACGUACGCGGAGUACUGCUUCGCCAAUCCUAAGAAAAAUACAAAGUAGAUGUUGCCCUUGUGU